AUGGCUAACCCCAAUCAGUCCAUGUGUGUCUCCAACAUGAACAAGAAGGCCUCUGAGCUCGGCUGCAAGGCCGACGACCUGUCUUGCCUCUGCAAGACCGAUGACUACAAGUUCGGUAUCCGUGACUGCACCAAGGAGGCCUGCCCCAGCGAUGAUGCUGAGAAGGUCCUCGCCAUGGCUGUCGCCAAGUGCCCUGGUGGCAAGGCCGGCUCUGACACUUCGUCUUCCAGCUCGAGCUCCGACUCUGACUCCACCUCCACUGGCACUGGCGCCGGUGCUGGCAGCGACUCAACCACCUCCAUGACCGGCACUGGUACCAAGACCGGCUCCGAUGCCUCUGCCACUGGCUCUGAUGCCUCCACUGGCUCCAUGACUGGCACCGGUGCUUCGGGCUCUGUCACCGGUACUGGCUCCAUGACCGGUUCCAUGACCGGCUCUGGCUCCACCAUGACCACCGUCACCAGCACCAGCUCUGGCUCUGACUCCUCCGAGACUGGCGGUAGCGGCUCCAACUCCGACUCCGACUCCGACUCCAACUCUGGCUCCGGCUCUGACUCGGACUCUGGCAGCGAUGCCUCCGGCUCUGCUGCUGGCUCUGCUGCCCCUACCUCUAGCGAUGGUGCUGCCAACCCCAUGGCCACCGUCGGCAGCGGUGCUAUGGGUGCCCUCGGCCUCGUCGCUCUCCUUGCCCUGUAA